AUACAGCACUGGUAAGACAGCUGCUUUUUUGCACUGGUCAACAUUGUAGUCAGCGCUGCCGAGAAAAGAUACAAAAUGCAAAAGAAAAACAUUAAAUUAGGAUAAAUUAAACGCAGAAAAUGUGCUGUCGUGCUCUAAUGUAUUGAAGAAAAAGUUAGCUUUAGCCCGCGGCACCAUGUACAAGAAAUUGCGCAAAAUGUUGCCUGUGAUGCGUCCAGUGCACUGGCUCGUCCUUUCCUGCAUCGCAGUUAUCACCUGUUAUUGGUUGCUGGAGAUUCGAUUGGACCGUGCUUUUAAGCCAUUGUCAAAACUCACGGGCAAUGGUGGCAAGCAUACUGAGCUCUCAACUCUCGCUCACACUCUUCCCACAUUUGAUCAUUUUGAUUAUGAGGACCAAUUGGUGGUGCUAUACAAUCGUGUGCCAAAGACUGGGUCAACCAGUUUCGUGAACAUAGCCUACGAUCUGUGCAAACAGAACAGAUAUCAUGUCUUGCACAUUAAUGUGACUGCAAAUAUGCAUGUCCUAUCGUUGCCAAAUCAGAUAUCCUUUGUGCGAAAUGUAACCAAAUGGCACGAAAUGAAGCCGGCUCUCUAUCACGGACACAUGGCAUUUCUGGAUUUCUCCAAAUUUCAAAUUGCACACAAACCAAUUUAUAUAAACCUGGUGCGAAAGCCACUCGACAGACUGGUAUCCUAUUACUAUUUUCUACGCUAUGGCGACAAUUAUCGUCCGAAUCUUGUACGAAAGAAGGCAGGCAAUAAAAUUACGUUCGAUGAAUGUGUGGUUCAGAAACAACCAGACUGUGAUCCCAGAAAUAUGUGGCUACAAAUACCAUUCUUUUGUGGGCACGCUGCUGAGUGCUGGGAACCUGGCAGCGAUUGGGCCUUGAAACAGGCCAAACGCAAUUUGGUCAACGAAUAUUUUCUAGUUGGUGUCACGGAGCAAAUGUACGAAUUUGUGGAUCUACUUGAGAGAUCACUACCUCGAAUCUUCCAAGGUUUUCGUGAGCACUAUCAAAAUUCAAAUAAAUCUCAUUUACGUGUGACAUCAUCGAAGUUACCGCCCAAUGAAUCUACUAUACAGACCAUACAGAGGUCAAAGAUUUGGCAAAUGGAAAACGAAUUAUAUGAGUUUGCACUUGAACAGUUUGAAUUUACUAAGAAGAAGCUCAUGCAGCCCGAUAAUAAGCAUCUGCAGCAGUUUAUGUAUGAAAAAGUACGACCAAAAUGAUUGUAUUGGAAAUUCAGGGGUAGCAAGGGCAAACACCGAAUUAAACAGGAUAAGUUACUGCCAAAGGAAAGGCUUUAGUUUU